GAUAUCUCCCUCCUUCAAGACCAAGUGAAGGCACUGGAAUCGCAGGUGCGCGCCACCGAAGCACACUGUGCAAUGGCAUUGAGCGAGGUCGAUGCUAUGAAGAAAAAAUUAAAUUCAUGUGCAGGAAGGAAGAAGACUCGAGCGCACAACAUCAACGCGCGCUGGUUGACAUCAUCACAAGGGCUGAAAGAAUGUGAGGAGCAAGAGACGGCGAGGGAAGCAGCCCGGAAAAAAAAGGAGGAAGCAAAGCAACGAGCGGCUGCCAAAAAGGCUGUGUGGUCAGCACGACAGGCAGCACAGGGUGCUGGUGCUUGUUUUACUGGCUUGUUUUCUGCAAAGAACAAGGACGAUCUUAUUGAUAUUGCCGGCGCCCUUCAAAUUUCUACCGCAGGGACCAAACCGGAGCUCUUGAAAGCCAUCAAAGAAUACUUCGAGUCCCAUCCAGAACUGAAGAAUGACGAGCGCUUUGUUGGCCUUUUCGCUGGCCGUUCUCGU